AUGGCGUCGCUGCGGAGUUCGCAGAUAAUCAUGGCACGCUCACCCGAGCAGCUGGCGUCAGACGAUGACAUUGGACCACCGCCUGUGAGCGACGAGGACAAUGAGGCGCUCGUGCUGUCACCACUACAGAUCCCCAGUAUGACGAACGCCAGCGACGGCGUUCCAAUGAGCCCCACUGUUUACUCGCCGCCGUCCUUCUCGACUCCCAUGCUGAGGCCUGUCGCGCGGCCAGGUACAUUAAGAAAUGCGUACAUGAGCAACGAGAGGGCCGGCGUCGCCCGGCAGCAGCACAACCCAUCGCUGUCGCUGGUGAGAGCUUCUGCUAGUGGUGGUGGGGUGGCCGCAGUCGCCGUCUCCAAGACGUCGCACGUGCGGUCGCCGCGGUAUGCCUCGGAUGAAGAGUCAUCGUGGGCGUCGGCCUCCAUCAGUCGCGACAUGCGCCGGCAGCAGAUGAGCACGGGUGGCGGUGUGCCGUUGUCGGUCCCAGUAAUUACAGCAACAGCAACAACAGGCGGUGUCCGCGAUGCGCCACCUGCUGUGGUGACGGUGUUAGACAUGGAGCAGGCGAUACAACGGCGAAUGCAGCAGUACCAUCAGGCGACGGCUCUUCUAAGCAGGAUUUCCGUCACGCGCGACACGGAUCAGGAAAGCGCGAAAUCUGACGACUAUUCAAUGGGCGGUAUCACGCAGCCAAAAAAGAUUUCGGGCGAAUUGGAUACGGGUCGUGACGUUCAUAGUUUCGUGGCAUCCUAUCUAUCGGCCAAUGGAUACAAGGAGGCGCUGCGAUUGUUCAAGAAACGCCUCCCACUCGCCGAACAGCGGCUUGACAGCUGCCUGCAGCGACGACAUCAGUCCCACAGCUUGGCCGCUACGUCUGUAACACGCGAAGAGCGUCGUGAUGUGGAAGCGGUGCCCUCACCAACGUACUCGCUGAACCGUGACGACUUGCUGCUGCUGGCGCUGGAGAGGGUACGUCAGGAGCAGCUGCUCAACGACAGCCUCCCCUGGCGCGAUAUCAACUGCCGGCGGAAGGACUAUCGCCUCGAGCCGCUGCAGCACCACCAGUACUACUUCGACCAGAACGAGGCGCGGCGAGACAAUGGAGGCGGCGACAGCUCGCCAACAUGCAAAGUGGCGUUUGGUGGGUCGCUGGACCUCCUCAUUGAGGUGCUUAUUCUCGUUGAGACGGACACGCCCUUUGCAACGGGGAUGCCGAUCUUUAACUACACCAAUACCUUCAUCCUCCUCUCCUCGUCGUUCGUCAUGCCUGAGGUGCUGAUUGUGCGGCUUAUUCGUCUAUUUCGCUUCGUGCAACAGCAGUUUCUAAAAGAGGAUAGCCGCAGUGUGUUUCUGCAGCGUCGUAUCGUACAGUUCAUAAUGGCGUACUGCAAAUAUCACGAGGCUGACAUCACACACUCCCUUUUGGAGCGGCUGCAACGAUUUGUGCGGAGUCUUAACGCCCAACGACUGGAGGGACACCAUCUACUGGACUCCAUGCAGACCGGCAGCAACACACUCUUGCAAAACCCAAUUCCUCCAAGUCAAAGACCAGGGAUCUUUCCCACAGUGGCUGCGGAGGUUGCGCUGCGCCUCAAUGAGUUGUCUGCAUUUAUAGAGGAGUCCCUUCAGAAGGCGUACUACGUCCCCCGUGAAGUGGCUCACAGUUUCGGCUGGAAGCGGCGAGUGGCGGUACCAGUGAAACCGCUAGGCACAAUUGUAGCGGGGUGGGGGAAUUACACGGACACAGAGACGGCGCGAAAUACACCCUCACCCUGUUUCCCUCACACAUUAGGAAGAGCAGCUUUGGUGGAAGUCGUCUUCACUGGCGUGGAUGCCAAGGAACUUGCAGAUCAGAUGUGUAUUCUAUCAUUUCGUCUGUUCGCCAACAUUCACGUGCGUGAAUUACUCGACAAUGCGUGGUGUGAGGAGAUGAUGCGGAUAAGUGUGCCGUUUCAUUUGACGCGCUUCAUAGACUUUUCCUCCAACGUGCAGAGGUGGAUGGCGGCGGUGAUUGUGUGCCCUAAGCGGUGGUCGGAGUGCCUGGCUUCGAUGCAGCACGGUGUGCAGCUUUGUCGGCUUCUGUACGACAAACAAAACUACGAGGUGGCGGCAGCUGUAUUGGAAGGCCUACAACAUCCGGCUGUAAUGGCGUUGGAAAGUCUGUAUCAGAAGCAAUUUCAGCAGCACAUGCUGAGCAGCGGAAUGCACGGCGAGCUGGCUGCCCUGCAGCAGCUGAUGGACCCGUUUGCGUCCCAAGACAGUCCAUCGUCCCUGCACUCAAUCAGAAGCCGCGUCGCAGGCGACAUGGAGGCGCCGAUGAUUCCGCUCCUCGCGCCGGUCCUCGGCGUACUGUUCCGCACCGAGGAGUCAAAGGGGAAAACAGUGAUGGUGCGGAACACCGACGGGGUGCCCGUGGUGAACUGGAGCAAGAUUGUCGCGCUCGGCAAGACGAUCUUCAUGUGGAUCCGCUGCCAGAGCACGCCGUACGGGGGUCCACUGGAUGCAAGGCUGCAGCAGUAUCUGUGGCAGCUUCCAGGCCACCAGUACACCGACUCCACGCUGAUGGAUUUUGCAAAGCAGGAGAAGUUGAACUGA